AUGAUUGAAUACACGUUUGUUUGGCCCCACUCCGGGUCACACAUCAUCGUGACCGGAUCUUUCGACAACUGGACCCAGUCGCUGACCCUCUCUCCUUCUUCCGCCGGCCACUCGCACACUGUGGCGAUUCCGGUGGAAAAAACGCUGUUCAAGUUUGUGGUUGACGGCGAAUGGAAAGUGGACGAGUCAUUUGCCACCGAGACGGACGAGCACGGCAACAUCAACAACGUGCUCUCGCUCGAGAUGCUGGAACAACUUGAGGGAGACGACAUCCAGGAAAUCACCCAGGACAUCCCGGGCGCCUUUCCCCAUGAGGAGGGCGUGCGACCACGUGAUGAGGGCCCGUACUCGGCAGAAGGUGUUUCUCACGAUCUGCAGCCUUCUCAUUUGGACCCUGCUGCUCAAUCCAAGCUUGAGAAUGCCCUUGAGAGCAAGCAAGCGGCGGUUGAGUCCGGCGAGUUGGCUCCCAUUGCCGGAAUUAACAGGGAUGUUCGAGGGCAAGAUUAUGGAGCUCCGGGGGCUCCUGUGGCUGUUCUCGUUGAUUCUUCCGCUCCUGGAACUGCUCCUGUUGACUCAUCCGCUUCUGACCCCCUUGGUGGUGCUGACACUUCCCCGACGGACUCUGUGGAUCCCCUGUCCAAGAUGGAGUCCCCCAAAUCGCCCAAAUCCCCUUCCGCUAAAUCACCCAACAAACAUGCGAUUCCCGUGGCCAGCUACGGAUUCCCCGAAAAGACCGAAACUGCUGCUGAAACAGGACCGUCGGCAGCCCAUGCAUCCAUCCCGGCAGCAGCAGCGGCACACGCAUUGACGAUGCACGAUCUACAACCGUCGGCAUUGGACCCGCACGCCGCAGCGACGCUGGACCAAACCAUCUCGACCAAGUACUCCGCGGUCGAGUCGGGCGCGAUUUCGCCGGUCGACUCCACGGGCCAGUCACGUGCAGUGCCGUCGACCCCGACUCGUGGCCGACACGACUCUGAAUACGACCAUGUGACGGAGCUGCGCGACGAGGCGUAUUCAGACAAAGGCGACGCGCACACGCAGCAGUCUCGUGACAAGGGCAAGGCACGUGCCGAGGGUAAUCCCACUGCUCCCUCUGUGGUACCCCCCAGUCCCGGCAUUGGGUCUGGAUUCGACGAGGUCAAGCCCAAGAAGAAGGAUGUGGCGUUUGGAGAGGUGAGUGAGGUUGGGGGCUCUCGGUUCCACGAGAACGAGACAGCUCCGUCUUCUCCGACGCCCAUGAGUCCCCAUUUGGCGUCGUUGGCUCAACGAGAGGGCAUUCCUCUGGAGGGCGACUCCGCGGGCGUUUCUGCCUCUGCUUCUCCUUCGUUCGGCUCGCCCGCCGCCUCUACCAAAGGAGGUGUUGGUGUUGGUGGUGGGGCUGGGGCUGGGGCUUCUAUUCCUACAGCUUCUACUCUGGACCCCUCCACCGCAUCUAGUGUGCAUUCUGCCGCCGCCACCAAGAGUGUGGCACCCGGUACGCCUUCCAGCACCGCUCUGAAUCUCAAUGUCCCUGUUGGGGGUUCGGAGGGUGCAACUACAGAUUCGUCUGUAGGUGGAGCUGCUCCGAUUGCCGCAGGUACAACUGCUGCUUCUGCUGCUCCAGCUACUCCAGUGGCUUCUGCUCCGGUUGCUCCAACCGCCGACGUAGUGGCUGCUCCGGCGACCGCGUCGACCCAUGCCUCGGUGGCCUCGGCGCCCGCCACCGCUGCCGAUGUCACUAUUACCGCGGGGUCCUCCAAGAAGGAGAAACGACGAUCCAUUUUCAGAAGGUUUAAGGAUAAGAUGUUUUAA